AUGCCCCGAAACGUUUGCUGUGUUCUUGGAUGUCCGAAUAAAUCAGAAGACGGUGUUCCUUUACAUUACUUCCCAAACCCUGAGAUAGAUUCCAAAAGCAUAUCAGAUCGCUCCAAACUUGUUCCGAAAAUAGCAAAUUUUCUACCACCUCCAGAGAAACUUAGCUUCGAGGGAGACAAUGCGGUGGUUGCUUUGCGAGACAAAGUGUACAUGAAAGUUAGGGAAAAAGGAAAAUUAUCAACUAACUUUAAACCUGCACCUCACAUUGUCGAAGGAACUGAAGAAACAUACUUCAAACAGAAGAGUAAUGAAAAUAAAAUGAAUAAGCUGCAGGCUUCAAUAGUUUCU